AACGUCUUGCAAAGUCUAAAUAUUUUUUGACUCAAUUGACGACGGAAUCAAUUUAGAAUUCUGUGUCGAUUAAUCUGUAUGAAUUUUAAUACUGUGUAAGACUGGAAAAUAUGAUAGCUGCUCGAAAUCCUCGGAGUUUGCUUUAUACAAGCCAAUCUACUCUUGCAAGAAGCUUUCACGAAUUGUUCUGGAGAUGGAGUUCAUUGGAAAAGACUUCUAAGAAAUGUAUAGUAUCCUUUUCAUUCAAGUUCAAAUUCUUGUAUAUUUAUCUUACUGACAAUAUUUCCUGGAUCCCUAAGACCAUACUCGUUCUUUUCGACAAAAUGCAUUUUCAAAAUGCAUUCAUCAGCAUUCAAGAAAAAACAGCAGCUUGUCUGAUCCAUCUCCUUCACUACCCACCGGCGCAAUCGAACCAACAAACAUCCCCAAAGAUACCCCAGCAGAUAGUCAGCCUAGACCACCCGAACUGGAAAACCUCGCACUUGAGCUCCGCCAAGUAAUGCGCCAUGUCGUACACUCCGUUGUAGUCCUCACUACUCCACACCGAACUACUGCCUCCGGAGGAUCAAUACAAGCAGCAGCUAUGACAUUAUCUUCUUUUACAACCCUCACACUCUCACCAGAACCCAUUGUUACAUUCAACAUCAAGCGUCCUUCCCGAACACUUGAUGCGCUAAAAGCAAUAGUACAUCCAGAUACACUUCCAACAAAACACCCAAAAGAUAAUUAUUUUCAUAUCCACAUUUUAGAAUGCAGCACUCCUGCCGCCCAAAUCGCCACCCAUUUCUCCCGUGGUGGUCCUAUUUCCUCCGAGGAUCUCGCAUUGAUAUAUCCUAAAACUAGAACCGCCGACCAUACCUCAAGAGGAAUCAAAAGAACACUCGAAUGUGAGAUUUUGCAAGAUGGGAAUGGUGGGUUUAUUGAUGUGGGUGAUCAUACCUUGGUUUUUGGGAAGGUGAUCAACAUUGGUCGGGACCAAGCGAACCCUCAUAGGAAGAAACACCCGUGGGGAGGUUUGUGUUAUAUGCACGGGGAUUAUCGUAUAGCAGCUCCAAUGAUGUCUCUUAGAGCGAAAAAAGAUGCAAUUGUGCAAGAAGAUAAAGUUGGAGAUAAGAAGGCAUUGAGUGUAGAGAAGGAUGGAGAGCUUGCCGAGGAUUCAAUUUUGAUUAGUGAAGAAAAGAAUCCGGAAUCAUGAGCUCUGGUUCAUGGUAUGUAUAAAGAAUCUUCGUGUUCCCAUCUUUGCAUUCUUGGUUUUACAAUUUAUUGUAUUGUAUUGUAUUGUGUU